AUAAACAUAAACAUAGGAGUAUUUAUAUAUUUAAACUGGGUGGUUCUUUUACCACUGUUGUCUGCAACCAACCAUUCAUUCAUCUUCUUGUAAGCGCAGUGAAAAACCAAACCAUCAUCCCUACAAAUUCGCUUCAACUUCUUAUGGGUUCUUCUCUUCUUCUAUGGACCUUCAAACCCUAAUCAUCAUCAACCCUAUCUUCAUGUUCACUCUCCGGGGAUUGUCGCAGCUGGCCAGAAAAUUCGCUUGUCAUGUGAUUCUGUCGUAUAUCUUAUAUUUCCUUGUUGCAUAUGGACCAUGCUCUGUGAAUGCGGUACAAAAUUCACCAGAUUAUGAUGCUUGUGCAUCUUUUGAGAAAAGUUACCAUUUUGAUUCUUCAGACACCGCCAUUAGUGAUUCUCGUUUAGGCCAUAAGUUUCCAGCUGCUCACAACAGUUAUAAAAAUGUGUGUCCAAACAGUCAUUUGUUUUGCUUUCCUUCGUUGUUGGAUGGGUUUUUUCGUGACGAGAAAAUUACAAAGGAAGCUUCUACAGAAGAAUCUGGUAGUCAAUACAGAAGUCCACUUUGUGAAAAAUUAGAUCAAGAUAGCUUGCAGGCAAGUAACAAAAGCUGGUCAUCUGACUUUGGUGUGUUUAGGCUACUUAGUGGAGGGGUUAUCUCGUGUUCGCUGAAUUCAAAAGGGGGAGUGAAUGAGGUACCGUCUCUUCAAUCUGAGAUUGAUCGUAAAAACGACAUUUCCUCGUGUGGAGGCUCUUUACAUAAGCUGAAGUCAACACAUAUUCGGCCAAAGAGCUCUGAGGUGUCGUUCGAAUCAAAUUCCUUGGAUGGUUCUGUCUCCCCUAACAUAAAGAUCGGCCCUACUGUGUUGGAUUGGGGACAAAAAUAUUUAUAUUCUUCUUCAGCAGCUUUUUUAACCGUGGAAAAUACAUGCAAUGAGAGCACGUUGCACCUCUACGAACCGUUCAGCACAGAUUUACAGUUCUACCCUUGUAACUUCAGCGAGGUUUCGCUAAGUCCUGGUGAAUCGGUUAUAAUUUAUUUCGUUUUCUUCCCUAAGUUUCUUGGCUUCUCAUCAGCUAGCCUAAUUUUGCAGACAAGUUAUGGUGGAUUUGUAGUAGAGGCUAAAGGAUAUGCUACCGAGUCUCCUUUUGGAAUUCAGCCGUUAUCUGGGGUGGAAAUAUCUCCUGGUGGAAGAUUGAGCAGGAAUUUUUCGUUGUUCAAUCCCUUCGACGAACCGCUUUAUGUGGAUGAAAUAACUGCUUGGAUAUCAUUUUCUUUAGGAGAUAAUAAUUUCAUUGAAACUGAAGGAAGUUGUAGCAUAAAUGAUUUUCAUAUUUUUGAUACUCGUCCUUCCCCAACGAUUAAAGAUCGUUUGGUCGUGAAGAGUAGCCAAGUAGGUUCACCAAUAGUAGCAAUUAGGCCACAUAGGAAGUGGGAUAUUGGUCCACAUAGUUCUGAAAAUCUCUUUGAGAUGGAUAUUACAGUUGGAUUCGAAGGAAAAAUCUUCGGUGCUUUUUGUUUGCAUUUGCUGAGGUCCUCACAGGACACAUUUGAUACUAUUAUGGUUCCUAUUGAAGCUGAAGUUGAUACUUAUUCUGUCUCCGACACACUUGGUAAAUUUAUUUCAGUUACACUUGAGGGUCUUGCCACAUGUGAUAGUGGUGAAAUUGCCAUCACUAUCUCUCUAAGGAACGACGCCUCUUAUAUUUUGAGUUUUGUUAAAGUUCUAGAAGUUGCUGACGUGGAGCUUUUCCAUAUGAAGUACAAGGAAGGCUUAUUGCUUCUCCCUGGAACCGUUACACAAGUUGGCAUUAUUUAUUGUAGUCAUCACAUGCACUUGGAUUCACCUAAAGUCUCCGACUUGCAAGAGAACUGCAAACUGUCGAUUCUAACAAAUGACUCAACUAGUCCCCUGAUUGUGAUUCCAUGCGAGGACAUAUUACAUAUUUGUUUUGAACAUCAUAGGCUUUCAUCUGCUGGAAUAGAAGACAAGUCUAAACAUAUCGAAGCUCGCAAUAUGAGGGCAGGGUAUGUCCACAGAAGCACAGAAUUGCCACCAAGUGUCAAGGUUUUAGAGACAUCAGUAGACGAGCUAGUUCUUGAAAACUGGAAGUCUCAAGGAACAAUGAGUGGCCUGUCUGUACUUGAGGACCGAGAGAUACUAUUUCCAAUGAUUCAGGUCGGAAGUUAUGUCUCUAGGUGGAUCACUGUGAAGAAUCCAAGCCAACAUCCAGUCACAAUGCAGCUUAUCUUGAAUUCAGGAGAACUAAUUAACGAGUGUAAGGGACUACAUGAUUUAUUAAACCCUUCUUCUUCUGGUAAUUUGGUUGUCGAUGAAGGUGCUACUCCAACGAAGUUUGGAUUUUCAGUACCAGAGAAUGCGCUGACCGAGGCUUAUGUGCAUCCCUAUGAUCGUGUAACUUUGGGGCCAGUUAUUUUUUUCCCAUCUGAUAGUUGCAGCUGGAGUGGUUCAGCAUUGGUAAGAAACAAUCUUUCAGGUGUUGAGUCAAUACCUUUACGGGGAUUUGGAGGGUCGCUUUCUCUAGUUUUGCUUGAUGAGCGCUCUGAGCAUGUUCAGAGUGUAGAUUUCAAUCUUAAAAUGCUGAAGCCGCUCAAUUUUUCUCUUCCCUACUCUUUACUUCAUACGAAAGAGAUGACUUCUGUUUGUUCACAACCUUUAGUGAAAGAGUUAUAUGCCAAGAACACAGGAGACUUGCCGUUAGUGGUGAAAAGUAUCCGAGUUUCUGGGAGAGAAUGUGGGUUGGAUGGCUUCAAGAUUCUUCAUUGUAGGGGUUUUGCUCUUGAACCUGGGGAAUCAAUCAAACUUACAAUGUCCUACCAAACUGAUUUUUCUGCAGCUGUGAUGCAUCGAGAUCUUGAACUUGCAUUGGAUACUGGUAUUUUCCUGUAUCCGAUGAAGGCAAGUUUCUCGCAUGACAUGUUAAGUAACUGCAAGAAGUCUGUGUUUUGGAUGCGAGUUAAAAAAACUCUUUCUGGAUUCCUUCUUGUUGCAUCCUUACUAUAUUUUGUAUUUUGGUUUGUAUCCCCUCAAAGCACUGCAAUGGAAUCCUUGGAUUUCUCUCCCAAGAGCGACAAUAACUUGGUCCACACCACCGCCAUGAAAAGUGGUGGAAAAACUUCUUUGCUAUAUCACAGCCCGAGAAAGAGUAAGCUAUCUGUGACUAAUAAUAUAAAUCAUUUAAUGGAGUCCCCUUGUGGCAGUUAUUCAUAUGGUCAAGGAAAUCAAUCUGAACAUGGAGUAUCUCAGCAUCUGAUGCAGACUUCUGAAAGCCAUUGUUCGUCGGAUACUCAAGUUGCGAGCUCUGAACACUUGAAAGCAUCUGAGAGUGGUCAUCUUGUGGUCAAAACUGGUAAAGAAAAAGGGAGAAGAAGAAAGAGGAAGAAUCUCGGUGCGAAAUUAGCAGCAUUGUCUGAAGUUUCAAGUAGUCAAAGUGGGAAUUCGACACCCUCAUCUCCUUUAUCACCAGUAGCUUUUGCUACGUCUAAAUAUAACUGGCCAUUGUCUUCUGAUGUGGAGCAACCGCUUGAGACUCAUAGUUCAACAACAUCAGUGGCUGCGCGACAUUCUAUAAGCAACCAAGGUUCUGUUUUGAAGCCUGCUUCUCCUCAAGUGUCACAUUCAGCUUCAAGAAGCACUGCGAGUACUAAUAUAACUGUUCAGUUACCUCCUACUUCUCCGUUUCAUGCAGGCGCUCCUACACCUUCGUUGUUGUCACCAGAAUGUGCUGGUACUUCGCAUGCUCGAGCUCCUGGAUCAGAACUUGAUAACCAAAAAGAUGUUCGAGCUCAAGAGGCAGGACUAGCGGAUGAGUAUGAAUAUGAUAUUUGGGGCGAACAUUUUUCUUUACCUCACUUGUUAGUUUCGACGAAAAAUGUUACUACUCACAUGAAGCCAAGUCCUGCGAACAACAGUAGUUUCGACAGCUUUUUUGUAAGGGGUCCUCAAACCCUUGUGACAAAUUCUCAAGAAGGUUAAUUAAGUUGAAAAAUAAAAGCUCUUAUAUAGCUGCUACUACCCCCAUGCACACUCACUAUGAUCAACCAGUAGUGUAAAAAAAGUUAUAAUCUUGUGAAUAUUUUAACGAAAUCAGUGCAUGAAGAAAGUCCUAUAAUUUUUUGGUAGUGAAAAUAAUAUAUAUUUUUUGAUAAUCA